GAGAAUUGGUUGUUAGGGGUAAAUAUGGGUUGGGCAAUAGCGUUGCACGGUGGAGCAGGUGACAUACCUAAGGAUGUGCCCUCGGAUGUUCGUGAGCCCAGAGAAGCCUGUCUUCGUCAUUGCUUACAGAUGGGCAUCGAUGCUCUCAAGGCCCACAAAUCCCCUUUAGAUGUUGUUGAACUCGUGGUGCGGGAACUGGAAAACAACGAAUACUUCAAUGCUGGUAGAGGAUCUGUUCUAACUAGCAAUGGUACAGUAGAAAUGGAAGCAUGUAUCAUGGAUGGGAAUACGAAAAACUGUGGAGCUGUUUCUGGCCUAACCACUGUUGUCAAUGCUAUAGCUUUGGCUAGGCUGGUCAUGGAAAAAACUCCACAUAUAUAUCUUGCAUUUGAGGGAGCGGAAGCAUUUGCAAGGGAGCAGGGGGUUGAAACCAUGGACCCAAGCCAUUUUAUCACUCCAAGAAAUAUUGAGAGAUUAAAGCAAGCAAAAGAAGCAAACAGAGUCCAGGUAGAUUAUAAUACACGGCCUAUACCAAAAGAUAACAAACCACCAGUUCCUAGUGGGGAUAGCCAGCUAGGAACAGUUGGAUGUGUUGCUGUUGAUAUCUAUGGACAUUUAGCUACUGCUACUUCUACUGGAGGACUAGUAAACAAGAUGGUUGGAAGGAUAGGAGAUACUCCCGUUAUUGGUGCAGGUACAUAUGCGAAUAAACUAUGUGCAGUCUCUGCUACAGGCCAAGGAGAUGCUAUUAUCCGUGCAACUGUAGCAAGAGAUGUGGCUGCUCUAAUGGAGUAUAAAGGGCUUUCUCUCAAGGAGGCCGCAGAUUACGCUGUAGAGGAAUGUGCCCCAAAAGGAACCACUGGCCUGAUUGCUGUAUCGGCCACUGGGGAAGUUACCAUGCCAUUUAAUACAACUGGCAUGUUUAGAGCUUGUGCAACUGAAGAUGGUCACAGAGAAUUAGCAAUUUGGUAACUUUUCAUUAGAAUAGAUUAGUCUUUGUUGUGUAUUCUAGCCAUACCAAGGAAAUGUGACAGAAUUUAUUGUUCAAUAAGAGGAAAUUUGAUCUCUUUCAUUUGUAUAGGACAAAUUAUGCUAUGUUGUACUUCAUAUUUCAGGGAUAUGAUGUUUACACUUCA